AUGGGAAAGGGUCGCCGUAUGAAGAAGCAAGGCCCUCCGGCCCCGCUGGACGAGUCGAAAAUCACAAUUUCCAAGUACCGCAAGUCCGGCGGCUCAGCAGAACCGAAGGUGGAAUCGGGGAAGAAGCGGAGACGCACUGAAGUUGAGGAUGAGGAUGUUGUGAAGGAUGUACAGAAGAGCAAGAAGAACAAGGCCAAUGGCGCGGUUGCGAAUGGCAAGGAGACGAAAAAGGCCGCUGCUGUGACUGCGGGUAAAGAGAAGAAGAAGCCUGUACAGAAGCAAGUACAAUUGGAGUCGGAAGACGAGGAUGAGGACGAGGAUAUGUCGGACUUUGACGCUGAUGGUAUGGAUGAGGAUGAGUUUGAUGAUCUGGAUGGUAUCAGUGAGGGAUCCAUGGAUAGCCAGGCCGAGGGAGACUUUGGAUUUGGAAGCGACGAGGAGGAAAACGACUCGGAUUCUGUGGUGGAUUCAGAUGAAGACGACCAUCCCCGGCAAACCAUGUUCUCGGACGAUGAGGAUCUUUCCGACGCAGAAGAGAAAUUGACGGCAGCUAACAUUGAAGGACUUUCUCGGAAGUUGGAUGAAGCCAAGCAGGCCGAAGAAGAGGAGGCAGAGGCUGAAUUGCAGGAGGCCGCGAUGCAAACCAACAUUGCUGGUGACCGGCCAGAUGUUUUCGAAGGAACAGAAGGGGAGGGACUGGCUCCUAACCUCCAGCUGCUCCGCACGAGAAUCACUGAUACAAUCCGCAUCCUGGGCGACAUGAAGACUCUUGGCCAACCAGGCAAGUCCCGCGCCGAUUAUACCCAGCUGCUCCUCAACGACAUUUGCACAUACUACGGAUACACGCCGUUCCUCGCCGAGAAGCUAUUCAACCUCUUCACACCUAUGGAAGCCUUUGCCUUCUUUGAAGCCAACGAAACCCCGCGUCCCGUCGUCAUUCGUACCAACACCCUCCGCACAAACCGAAGAUCUCUCGCUCAAGCGCUGAUCAACCGUGGUGUUGUCCUCGAGCCCGUCGGAAAGUGGUCCAAGGUCGGUCUCCAGGUGUUCGAGUCUGCUGUUCCUCUCGGUGCCACCCCCGAAUAUCUUGCUGGACACUACAUUCUCCAAGCUGCCUCCUCAUUCCUCCCCGUUAUGGCCCUCGCACCUCAAGAGAACGAACGUAUCCUCGACAUGGCCUCCGCCCCCGGUGGUAAGACAACAUACAUUUCGGCCCUUAUGCGCAACACAGGCUGUGUCAUCGCCAACGAUGCUAGCAAGCCCCGUGCAAAGGGUCUGAUUGGUAACAUUCACCGUCUCGGCUGCAAAAACACCAUCGUCACGAACCUCGACGCCCGCACCGCCUUCCCCAAGGCCAUGGGUGGAUUCGACCGCGUCCUCCUCGAUGCUCCCUGCACAGGUACCGGCGUUAUCUCCAAGGAUCCCGGCGUCAAGACAAACAAGAACGAGCGCGACUUCCUCGCCAUCCCCCACAUGCAGCGUCAGCUGCUCCUCGCGGCCAUCGACUCCGUCGACCACUCAUCCAAGACCGGCGGCUACGUCGUCUACUCCACUUGCAGUGUGACGGUGGAAGAGAAUGAAGCCGUCGUACAGUACGUCCUCAAGAAGCGACCGAACGUCAAGCUCGUCGAGACCGGUCUUGGUAACUUCGGUACCCCUGGUUUCACCCACUACAUGGGCAAGCACUUCGACGCCAAGAUGACCAUGACAAGGCGCUACUUCCCGCACCGCGAGAAUGUUGACGGUUUCUUCGUCUGCAAGCUCAAGAAGACCGGCCCUACUCCCGUGCAGAAGACCAAGGAGCAAGACGGCGCCUCCGCCACAAACGGAACGUCCAGACCCAAGUCCACCACCCCGACGACAGACGAUGAGGCCGUUGACAAGACACCCAUCACGAACGACGACGGCACCGCCGCCGGCGAGGAUGGAUUCGGCCCCUUCAGCGAGAACGAAGAAGAGGACAAGGAACGCAUGCUCCGCGCGGAGCGCAACCGGCUGCGGCGUAAGGGACUUAACCCCAAGGGUGUUUUGAACAAACCCAAGAAGGCCGCCACGAAGCCAAAGGCCGAUACCACCUCCGAGUCUGAGUCAACGACAUCACCCAAGGCAAAGAAGGCGGAAGCUGAAGCCCCGACAGCCACUCCCGCAGCUACCACCGAAGAACCUGCCGCCAAACAACCUAAGAAAAAGGACGACAAGAAGAAAAAGGCUGCUCCUCCGGUCGAGGCGCUCGCAGCGUCCUCCGAGCCCUCUUCUUCUGCUACGCCCUCGUCCAACCAGGAGCCGGAGCAGAAGAAGGAUAAAAAGAAGAGCAAGAAGCAAACACAGUCUUCUUCUACCAGCCCUGGGAAGAGCAAGAAGGCUAACAAGGGUGGUAAAUGA